AUGCCAGCAUCCCGCACUGACCUCACAAAACAAGCCAAAAAGCUCCGCUUCUGGCAAACCGUCAUCUCCUGGGUAGACCGCUACCUCUCAUGGCCUCUUCCCCCAAACCCGAGCCUGGAGAUAACUAUUCCGACAAAAAUCAGCAAACCAAUCGGCUCCAUAAAACUCUACUUCUUCACAGCCCAAAAUCAACCCCCAACUUCAACAUUUUCCUCAACCCACGACAUCGACGCACCCCGCCGACCCGUCCUAAUAAACUUCCAUGGAGGCGGCUUCUCGAUUGGCCAUGCCAUCGACGACGCACGCUGGGCUCACGCCGUAACGACCGCCCACCCAGACUGUAUCUUUGUCAGCGUAAACUACAGACUUGCACCCGAACACCCAUUUCCCAUUCCAAUCGAAGACGGCGUCGAUGCUGUACUAUGGUUAUGGGACCAUGCCGACAACUAUAACCUCGACCGCGCCCGGUUUGUACUAUGUGGCAAUAGUGCGGGUGGGAACCUCUGCUUCACAGUCCCGUUUCGUCUGCACGAAGAACUUGAAGCUCGUGGUCGCUUGGACACAAAGUCCGAUAUUAAACUUGCGGGUUCGCUGGCGUUUUAUCCCGCUGUGGAUUGGACGCGGUCCCGCUCCGAGCGAGAUGCGACAAAUCCCAUUGCAGCUGAACGGUCGAUGAUUCCGCCAAAGGUUCUGACCUUCUUUGAUGAGUCGUAUCUUUUGCAUAAGAAUUUGCCGAAGAAGGAGGAUGGUAGUGUUGAUAUGGCGCAUCCGUAUUUAUCGCCUGCGUUGGCGCCGGCUAGUCUAUUUCUUGCGGCUUUCCCGCCUUCUGUGUCUAUUUAUACGUGUGGGUGGGAUCAGUUGCUUGUUGAGGGGGAUGCGUUGAGGGACAAGAUUUGUAAGUUUGUGGAUGAGGGGAGGAUGAGGCAUUGUGGGGGUUUGAUUAUUGAGGAGGCAAUUCAUGGGUUUGAUAAACGACCGUCGCUUUGUUUGGGGGAUGAGGCUAGGGAUACGAUGUAUGCGGAUGCGAACGAGGAGCUGGGGAUUAUGUGGACUUGUGAGCAUGAUACGGAUAUAGAGAAUGAGUAG